AUGGGAGAUGCUUCUCAUGCGUCUCAUGUUAGGUCUCGUACUUAUGCUGAUCAGGUGAAGGGGAAGCAACAUCUUCCAACAACAUCUAUUGAUCUCAGUUCUUUACCAUUGCCAACGAUAAAAGAAGGAAAACCAGCGAUUGUUUUACCUGAAUCUUUCUAUUUGGAAGGUUGUGAUAUUUGGAAAUUCAGUCUUAUUGGACGUUUAGAUUUCAAAGGAAUUACUUUCCAAGAGGUGAAGGAUGAUUUGGAACAUCAAUGGCAGCUAGGUCAAGGUGCGGUUCAGCUAAUUUCUAUGAGUAGAGGUUUCUUCACUAUCAAGUUACAAUCCCAAACGGCAAAAGACAAGCUUUUGAAUGCUGAAGCUUGGUUUUUUAGGCAUCAAAAGCUAACCCUAAUUGAAUGGUUUCCUGGUUUUGAUGCUGAAAAACAAAGAUCAUCUCAUGCUUCCGUGUGGGUUUGUUUUCCAGGGCUUCCAUUAGAAUUCUGGACAGAAAAAAUGCUAUUGUCCUUGGCUAAAUCAUUAGGAACUCCAAUUGUGGUUGAUAGACGUACUCUUGCUCAUGAAUAUGGUCACUUUGCAUCAGUUUUGGUGGAUAUUAAUUUUGCUGAAGCAACUACUGAUGCUAUUCAUAUUACGGUUGGGGGUUUAGAUUUUUGGCAAUCUGUUAAGAUUCAAAAAGUUCCAAAAUAUUGUUCCAAGUGCAAGUUGAUUGGGCAUACUGAUCAUGAAUGUAGAAAGCAGCACAAGGAAAAUACUGAGAGACAACUUGUGGUAAGCAAACAAGUUAGCGUUGAUGAUUCUCAACCUGGCGUGAGCAAUAUUCCUAAACCUGCUGGUGGGGAAUGGCAAGUGGCUAGGCGUAAGAAUAAGGGUAAGAAAAAAGCUCACAACGUCAAUGUAGAUGUUCGUGAUGUUGUUGAUAAUAUUGCUGGUGAAGAAGAUGAUGUGGAGUUUGCUGCUAAGCUGGUGAAGGCUCAGCAGUUGGAGGUUGUUAUGGCACAAGCCAAAGCUGAUUUUGAAUCUGUCUAUGUUGAAUUGGCGAGAACUAAACAAGCGCAGGCUUCAAAAUCAUUUUUAGUUAAGAAUGGAAAAGUGGGUGAAACUAAUCCAUCAACCAAAUCAAGUUUGGUUGGAACUAGGAUUCCCAAACCUGUUAGGAUUGUGACCGCAACUCCUACUCCUCUUUAUGUGGAGGAGAGUUCAGCUGAUGCAAAGUUUAGGGCUAAUCAAGAAGCUAGGCGUGUUCGCAUGCAAUCCAUGCAUAAGGUAGUGAAUACUACUGAGGGUAGGAAUGCUUCUAAUUCCGAGUCUCUUCAGGACUCCAAUUUGAGAAUUGGUGCUGAAAAAGGAAGUUUACCAAGAAUUAAUUCUGGUGCAACUUCUCAGAUUGAUACUAACUCCUCCAAAUCUGGUUUUUAA